AAAAAAACCUCAGUCUCUCUCAGUUCAACCUUUUCUCAUUCCUCUCCUCUCUCUCAACUGGCUGUAGCCUGCGGUACUACUAAGACCACUUUCUCUCUCUCUCUCACUUUCUCUCUCUAAACAGUAAGCAAAAUUAAUGGACGACCCGUACGGACUACCGGCGGAAUUCAGGCACUUCACGGCGACGACGACGAGACCUGAUCAUCACCAGCACGAUCACCCAGUUACUAAUUUCCCAGCUGAGCCCAGCUUCUCCGUCCACCGGAAUCUGACGCCACCUUUCCCGUUAGUCUCCGGUGGUGGUUUAGUGGAGUUUGGUUCUGAUAAUCAUGAUCAUCAUCAUGGUCAUCAUAUUGCUCAUCAUGAUCAUCAUCAGUUGAUCUCUGGCGCUACUAGUUGCGCAUUAAUGUAUGGUCAUCAUGAUCAGACGGUGGAGAGGUGUGGAGGAAUAUGGAAUAACAAUAAUAGUAGUAUUGGUGGGAAUAUUAUUAUGGAUGGUAACAAUGAAGGAAACAACAGUCGGUGGCCAAGACAGGAGACUCUCACUCUUCUUGAGAUUAGAUCUCGUCUCAAUUCCAAGUUCAAAGAUACUAAUCAGAAAGCUCCUCUCUGGGAUGAAGUUUCUAGGAUAAUGGCUGAGGAACAUGGGUACCAUAGGAGUGGGAAGAAAUGCAAAGAGAAGUUCGAGAAUUUGUACAAGUACUACAAGAAAACCAAAGAAGGUAAAGCUGGGAGACAAGAUGGGAAACACUACCGAUUCUUUCGUCAACUCGAAGCCAUCUAUGGAGAUCAAACUAGCAAUAUUAAAUCAUCCUCAUUGCUCUUAAACACCAAUGAUCUCAGUAGAAAUCCCCUUCUUUAUGAUCACCCCAUGACCAGUACAACUAGUACUCCCAAUCUCAACAUGAGGACAACCAAUAUUAACCAUGAAAGCCUUAGCUUCUCCAUUACUUCGACUGAAUUCGAAACUUCAUCCUCGGAGAACAACAAUGAAGACGAUCUUUCGACCAUUGCUAAUUUCAAGAUGAAGAUGAAAGGGGGCAUAAUUAACAAUGAAAGGCCGAGUAGGAAUUGCUCAUUGUCAUGGAAGUCGAAGGUUGAGGACUUUGUGGAUGAGCAGAUGAAGAAGAUCAUGGUGACACAAGAGACAUGGAUGGAGAAGAUGCUGAAGAGCAUUAUAGAUAAAGAGGAAGAGAGAUUGGUCAAAGAAGAAGAAUGGAGAAAACAAGAGGCUGCGAAAUUCAACCAAGAAGUAAGUGAAUUUUGGGCCAAGGAGAAAGCUUGGGUCGAAGCUCGAGAUGUCGCUUUAAUGGGGACUUUGAAGAAGUUUAGAGCUGGAAAGGGAAUUGAAUUGCCUUCUUUUCCUGAGAGAGUGAUUGGAAAGGAUCAUAUUCGGAGCGAUAUGAGUAGUUGUGCUAGUUAUCAUAGAUGGAGUGAAGAGGAGAUUUCUAGCUUAAUAGAACUGAGAAGUAAGUAUAACAUGGAAGAGACUUUUCAAGGAGGAUUAAGUGAGUAUGUGAAGGAUGGGAUUUGGGAGGAAAUAGCUUCAAAAAUGGCUUCUUUGGGGUAUGAUAGAACUUCACUUGAGUGUAAAGAGAAGUGGGAGAGUGCAAGUGUUUAUGUUAGAAUGACAAGUGAGUGUAGAAAGAAGAGGAAAGAAGAUUAUUACAAAAGCAGUGCUGCUUAUUUUGAUGAUGAUCAUGAUGAUCAAUUGAAUCUAAAACAAGAGCAUAAUAUUCAUGAUGAGAGGCAUAAUAUUCAUGAUCACAUGGGACUUCAACUGAUGGAUGAAGGCCUUUCACCUUCAACUUCCAAUGUAGGCACUCAACUGCAAUAUCCCAACAGCUGCUUUCACCUUCUGUUUGGAGAGGGAGAAAACUUGUGGGAAAAAUAUGGUGGUCUGAAGCUCACUAAAGAUAAGAUGAACCGACAAGUGUAUAACAAGUAUUUAAAGCUGCGCAACGGGUUUGCUUGGGGUGAUGUUGAAUUAAGUUAGCAGCAGGCUUAAUUUGUUUUGUCCCGUGUAAGGAAAACAUAUCCUAUUGACUUGACGUUAUAUCAGUCUCUUCUAGCUAGCCAGAAUAUUAUAAUGAAUAAUUAUGUAUGUAUAUGUCUAGCUUGUCUAUAAGCAGAAUGCUGAAGAAUAUCAUUAACAAA